GCAUUGUCACGUUUGUACACGGAAAUUAGACACUUCAAAAUGGCGAUGUUUUGGGUGUGUGUUACGUGGGCACUUCUGUUGACAACUGUCAACUGCAGAAACUACAAGGAAAACGAACAGGUCCAGCUUUAUGUGAACAAAGUGGGCCCAUACUUCAACCCCCAUGAAACAUAUCACUACUACCAACUACCUGUGUGUCGACCAGUUAAGAUUGAACAUAAAAGCCUCACCUUGGGUGAAGUUUUGGAUGGUGACCGCAUGGCAGUAUCAUUGUAUGGAUUGAAUUUUAAACGUGAUGCUGACAAGAAGGAGUUGUGUAAGGUGAUGUACUCAGAAACUGACCUGAACUUAUUGAGGAAUGCCAUAGAGGAUCUCUACUACUUCGAGUUUGUUUUAGAUGAUAUUCCUAUCCGAGGGUUUAUUGGGCACCUGGAGGAAGGUGGUUUUCUGCCCCACAACCACAAGAUCUACCUGUGGGCACAUCUCCACUUCAAUGUGGAGUACAAUGGAGAAAAUGUUAUCUAUGCCAAUGUCUCCACCAAGGAACAGCCACCAGUGUCUCUUGAUUCCGUCACCACGCCAUUUGAAGUCGCUUUCACCUACAGUGUCAAGUGGCAUAUGACAAAUUUGAAAUAUGAAGAAAGAGGAAAAAGACUUCGUGACAACAGCUUCUUCCCCAAGACUUUGGAGAUCCACUGGCUGUCGGUCAUCAACUCCAUAGUGCUGGUGUUCCUAUUGAUUGGUUUUGUGGUCAUCAUCCUGACACGGGUUCUGAAAAGUGACUUUGCUCGCUACAACCUGGAUGAGGAUGACAGUGAGGAUCUGGACCAGGACGACAAUGGCUGGAAGAUCAUACAGACUGACGUGUUCCGCUUCCCUGCAGCCAAGAAUCUUUUCUGUGCCAUCCUAGGUGUAGGAAGUCAGUUUCUGUGUCUGGCUGCUGGUAUCCUUAUGAUGGCACUGAUGGGAAUGUUCAAUGUACAUCGUCAUGGCGCCAUCAACUCUGCUGCCAUCGUCCUCUAUGCCUUCACUUCAUGCAUCAGUGGAUACGUGUCCACCAACUUCUACAAGAGAAUGGGAGGCGACAACUGGGUGUGGAUCAUCAACCUUACAUCAGCUCUGUUUGCAUUCCCCUUCUUCAUUGUGUGGUCCUUCAUCAACUCUGUUGCCUGGGCAUAUGGAACAACACAAGCCCUGCCCUGGACCACGGUCAUCAUGCUCAUGGCACUCUGGCUCUUCAUUGGCUAUCCACUGACUGUCAUUGGUGGAAUAUUUGGAAAAAACUGGGCUAAUGGGUUUGAUGCACCGGUGAGGACCAAGAAUAUUUCUCGGGAGAUUCCAUCUGUGCCAUGGUACAGGUCUGCCUUUGCUCACUGCGUUGUAGGAGGAUUCCUACCCUUCAGUGCUAUAUCUGUGGAACUGUACUACAUAUUUGCUACGCUAUGGGGCAGAGAGCAGUACACCUUGUUUGGCAUUCUGUUCAUUGUGUACGGGAUACUGCUCAGUGUUACUGCGUGUAUAUCUGUGGCCUUGACCUACUUCCAACUCUCAGCGGAGGAUUAUCGGUGGUGGUGGCGGUCAAUCUUCAGUGCUGGAUCGACUGGAGUGUUCGUGUUUCUGUAUGCUCUCUUCUACUACUUCAAGCGAUCCAACAUGUCUGGCAUGCUGCAGACUGUGGAGUUCUUCGGUUACACGUUGCUGGCCUGCUUUGUAUUUUUCCUCAUGCUCGGAACAGUCUCCUUCUUUGCUUCUCUCAAAUUUGUCCGCUACAUAUACGUGAAUCUCAAGAUGGAUUAAUGUUUGGUUGUCAUUUUAACGUGAGUGCACUUGUUGGGUGCUCAGGGUGCAGAUGUUGGUUCUGGUGAGUGAAAGGAUUGUGGUGGAGAUAUGAAUUAACUUGUAUAAGGGUAGAAUAGUGUGGGACUCAAGUUCUUCAGUUUAUUGUUAAAUCUAUUAAGUUUUCUUCCAUGAUGUUAUUCUUUGCAGUUGAAGAAUAUUCUAUUAAAUGUGGUAUUAUGAUAUGAGAAUUGUGUUUAUGUGAAACUGAGAGCGUUAACUUCUGUUUGCAUAUAUAUUUUAUAAAAUUAUGGAGAGAUAAAUAUUUUGAAAAUCAUUAAAAACCUUGACAAAAAUACAUUUAUCUACAGUGUA